AAAACAUACACUUCCGCAGCGUUUUAUUGUCCUCGUGCGGAUUUAUAUCAGGAACCAGUAAAUUUGUGCCCCUUUUUUUCACCUCCCCUUUCUCACCCAUGAAAUGCUGUGUGCCCUAAACUCACAUCUCAGGGACCAGAUUAGAUCCAAGACCCAGACGCACUUCACCUGAGGGGCUUCACCCCUUUUCCUUUUUGCUUCGGAUUAUUUGGCCUUGAUCGAUCUACUUCCCAAGGGCUCGCAGGUUGCAGAGAAAGUCGAGAUGGGGCUGUGUGUGAAUGGUGCAGUGCCCGGAGAGGCAAAAAAAAGAGAUGAGAACUUAAAACGCGGGAAUUGGGGCAACCAGAUUGAGUUUGUGUUGACUAGCGUUGGAUAUGCCGUUGGACUGGGGAACGUCUGGCGAUUUCCAUAUCUCUGCUACAGAAAUGGAGGAGGGGCCUUCAUGUUCCCGUAUUUCAUCAUGUUAAUUUUCUGCGGAAUUCCACUGUUUUUUAUGGAACUCUCAUUUGGUCAGUUUGCCAGCCAGGGCUGUCUUGGUGUGUGGAGAGUAAGCCCCAUAUUUAAAGGUAUAGGAUAUGGGAUGAUGGUAGUGUCUACAUACAUUGGUAUUUAUUACAACGUGGUUAUCUGCAUUGCCUUUUACUACUUUUUUGCAUCUAUGAGACGGAUCCUGCCGUGGACAUAUUGCAACAACCCUUGGAAUACAAAGAAUUGUGCUGGAGUUCUCAGCCCUACCUCUAACACUACACUUAACCUGACCACAAGUCAGGACAUCUUCAACCUCACAUCAGCAAUCAAUCAGACUUUUAAAAGGACAAGCCCCAGCGAGGAGUACUGGAGGCGAUAUGUGCUCCAGAUAUCAGGUGACAUCGGAGAUUUCGGUGAAGUCCGGUUACCUCUGUUGGGAUGCUUGGGCUUGUCCUGGAUUGUCGUGUUCCUUUGCCUAAUUAAAGGAGUAAAAUCAUCAGGGAAGGUUGUUUAUUUCACAGCCACUUUCCCGUACGUAGUCCUUACCAUUCUCUUUAUCCGUGGAAUCACGCUGGAAGGAGCUGCGAAUGGGAUUAUGUAUUACCUGACUCCUCAGUGGGAUAAGAUCCUAGAAGCGAAGGUUUGGGGGGACGCAGCAUCACAGAUCUUCUACUCUUUGGGGUGCGCAUGGGGUGGACUCAUCACUAUGGCGUCUUACAACAAGUUCCACAACAACUGCUACAGGGACAGCAUAAUUAUCAGCAUAACCAACUGUGCUACCAGCGUCUACGCUGGGUUCGUCAUUUUCUCUAUCCUGGGAUUCAUGGCUCACCAUCUUGGUGUGAAUGUUUCUGAAGUGGCAGACCACGGUCCUGGGUUGGCAUUUGUGGCAUAUCCUGAAGCCCUGACCCUGCUGCCCAUCUCGCCACUAUGGUCGAUCUUAUUUUUCUUCAUGCUCAUUCUGCUCGGCCUCGGGACACAGUUUUGUUUAUUGGAGACUUUGGUCACGGCGGUCGUGGAUGAGAUCGGCAGCGAGUGGAUAAUACGCUGGAAGACCAUCGUGACACUUGGAGUGGCCGUCAUUGGUUUCCUCUUUGGGAUUCCCCUAACUACUAAGGCUGGUAUUUACUGGUUAUUACUGAUGGAUAACUACGCUGCCAGUUUCUCCCUGGUCAUCAUCUCGUGUAUUAUGUGCGUAGCGAUCAUGUACAUCUACGGACACAGGAACUACUUCAAGGACAUCGAAAUGAUGCUGGGAUUCCCUCCUCCGCUCUUCUUCCAAAUCUGCUGGCGAUUCUUCUCCCCUGGAAUUAUAUUUUUCAUCCUGAUCUUCACUGUAAUCCAGUACCGGCCAAUCUCCUACAAUAACUACGUCUACCCUGACUGGGCUAUCACUAUUGGAUUUCUGAUGGCCCUCUCCUCAGUUAUCUGUAUUCCCCUGUAUGCGGUCAUCUGUAUCUGGCGCUCGGAAGGCGACACAUUUCUUCAGAGGUUGAAGAAUGCAGUGAAACCCAGCAAAGACUGGGGUCCCGCACUGCUGGAGCACCGGAUUGGCCGCUACGCUCAGAUCUCUAGUGCAAUAAGUGAACACAGUCCUGAGGCUGAACCACUCAACCCAGAGAAGCUCAGGAAAGAUGAAAUAAGUCUAACAGUACAGGGCAGCAACGGGCAGGCCCACAGCCAAGACUCUAAAGUGUAACCAGCUUCAGUGGGGGCAUGGUGGAACGCAAGGGCAAUGGUGACGGUAUGGAUGAGAAUCUCUACCCCUUCCCCAUUUAACCCUCUUGUCAUCAUCCUCACCAGCUGUACCCUCCUUUGACCCAUUUCUGAUCCGUCACCCCGGAGCCUUCACCAGAAUUCUACAGAGACUCUAAGCUGCUCCCAAUUAUGGGAAGAGAAAAACUUCCGCCCUCCAUCUGCUGAGCAGAAGAUUCCCACGGUGGGAUCAUCCUGUCCCUUCUCCCUUAAAAAAUGGAUCUCACUGACAGAUUAUUUUGUGGGAACGAAUUUUAGACUCUUCUUAGAUAAAGAGGGGAAAACAAUUCUCAAAAGUAGGAAAGAGAAAAAACAUAAGCCAUCUCAUACAAGUAGUUUUAACUCAUAUUUUGUAAGUUUUUAGUUUACAUUUUUUAUUAUUUUUUGAGGGCUUAUAUCAAAUUUAGAUUUACUGCCAUUGAACGAACCGAGACAGGUGGUUAGGGACAUUGAAAGUGUGGCCUGUCUGCCUAUGCCAAUCAUUACACAGGUGUUAAGGCAAGAGAGGCUACCCUCCCCAACACCUGAAUGGUUAGGACUUUUUACUAAGUAGAAACAAAACACAAUAUUUUAGUUUCCUGUUACUUGAGGAACACAGCAGGAGCCAAGAGGACACCAUGUAACGUUAGAAGAAAGGUCACUUACAUCCCUGCUGUAUCCACCCAUUCACUUACUGAACAACUGACAUAAUGUAUAUUAAGAUGACCUCCUUCCCCGAUCCCUGGAAUAAGUAGUUCUGUUAUUUGGAAUAUUGUGUGCGUGCAUGGAGAGAAUUCCCAGGGAAAAAGGACUCAACACUUCCUCCGGUGCAUCAAAUGGUCUCUGCAUCUCACUGCUGAGCUGCUUUACUUUUCCUUCAUUAUUAUUUACUACCAUUGCCCUUUACACUUAACUUUUCAAAUUAAUUAUUCAGGUUGUUUUGUUUUUUUAAAUCAAAUUCAUUCUAGUUUUGUCGGCACUUUUCCUGCCCGUUUCGUGGUGCUACAUGCCUGGAGCUGUAAGCCUUGUUGCCAUAUGUAGACAGAGCGAAUUAAGUUUACAAAGAAGAUAAAAUAAGGAAAGGUUCCAAAUUUUCAGACAAUAGUUGUUAAUAUUUUUGUUUUACACUGCGGGAAUUAACCCUACGAGGUACUAGAGCAGUAACAGGAAAACUUUAACUGGGUACUCACAUGCCACACAAUACAAUAUCUGGUACAGAUAUGUGUCCGGGAUUCUGGAUAUUCCAAGCGUGAUGGGAAGAAGGUUAAAUGGUAACAUUAUUAAUUGUAGGUAGUGGGGCUAUUCUCGCGGCUCCCAUCAUACUUGUCCAGACCUGUAGGCUGGUUAUUGGUGGUAUUAGGUGUGCAACAUUUAUAUAUGUAUUAUCAUGGUUUGCCGAGCCCUAGGCUAUACCCACCUGAAACCUUCCAUUAAGACAUGCAGAGCUGAUAGAGGCAAUGUUUACACUCUGGCCGUGUGGGAGACUAGUGGACACACGUGUUGCAUUGCACGGCUCAGUUCAUCAGUGCUACAGUGUGUCUGUUUUAAGAAUUGCUGGGGUUCUUGUCAUUUUAAAUGGGAUAAUCCUAGUAGUAAUUAAUUUACCUGAUUUAUUAUAUAGGUUUGGUAUAUAUUGUCCUGAGAUGGCUGAUUUGGUAUAUUAUGUCAUAUCAACACCGAUGGCUCUUAUUAGUUUCAUUUUGGAUCCCCAACACAUCCCAGGCUCUCCAGAGAGAAAUGCAGCCAAAUGUACCCACUUACUCUGUAACUGCCACCUUUGUCUCCAGUUUUUAUUUAAACUACAACUCCCAUUGUCUUAUGUUAGCUAGUAUCCAUCUAAAUGCAGGCUGAAGAUCAUGAGAUUUGUAGUUGAAAAGCGAUAUCUACUGGACAAUGGGACAAUGCUGGCAUAGCACUGACUUAUGUUCAUAUUUACCAUAAAUAUGCCCAAUGAAUAGGCUGUAGAUUUUGCCAUUAAUGCCGAGUGAAUAGGCUGUCGAUUUUGCCAUUAAUGUGCCAAGUAAAUAGGCUGUAGAUUUUACCAUCAAUGUGCCAAGUGAAUAGGCUGUAGAUUUUGCCAUCAAUGUGCCGAAUGAAUAGGCUGUAGAUUUUACCAUCAAUGUGCCAUGUGAAUAGCCUAUAGAUUUUGCCAUCAGUGUGCCAUGUGAAUAGCCUGUAGAUAUAGCCAUCAAUGUGCCAUGUGAAUAGGCUGUCGAUUUUGCCAUCAAUGUGCCAUGUGAAUAGGCUGUAGAUUUUACCAUCAAUAUGCCGAAUGAAUAGCCUGUAGAUUUUGCCAUCAAUCUGCUGAGUGAAUAGCCUGUAGAUUUUGCCAUCAAUGUGCCAAGUGAAUAGGCUGUAGAUUUUGCCAUCAAUGUGCCAAGUGAAUAGGCUGUAGAUUUUGCCAUCAAUGUGCCGAUUGAAUAGGACGUAGAUUUUACCAUCAAUGUGCCGAGUGAAUAGACUGUAGAUUUUACCAUCAAUGUGCCGAGUGAAUAGACUGUAGAUUUUACCAUCAAUGUGCCGAAUGAAUAGCCUGUAGCUUCCAUUUGAGUAGAAGCAGAGUGUUAAGGGAGCAGCAAUGUAUUUUACAAGAAGCUUCCUGGGACGAGAUAAUCUGUGUCAUCUUCACAAACGUGACCUCUACAUUCAUAACGUGCGGUGGACUUUAACAUAAAACCAUAAUAAUGAAAUAUUCUGCUACAAAUAGACUUCACUUUCAUUGUUAGCAAACCUGAUUGCACGGUAAAGACACUGGAUAGAGAACGAGUCUCGCUGUGUGAAGAGCACACAGACCCGCUCUGCCUCCGGAGGAUGUACAGGGGCGAUAGAAAGUCCAGCUCUGUGGGUUUUGCAUGAAAAUGGCAGAUUUGGAGCAGUUCCCACGUUAUCUCUUUAGUGCCCUUUUUUAAUUACAAUCCCGUUUAUGUUAUCUGUAACUGUCUGUGUUUACAGUCAUUACGUUUCAGCAUUUUAGAAGUAUUUUUCGAUUUUGUGGAUCAUGCAGACAUUAUAAAAAUACUCUCUGCUUCUGUCAUGUCCCUGUAGUUUAAAACAACAAACGGUGCUAAUAAGAAAGUAUAUGGUAAAUAUGGGGGAAUCCCUCCACAAGAAUAGAACAGUUGGGAUAUGGACAUAUUAACCCGUUUCUACAUAGAUAUAUCACAUUCUCUCAUUCUUAUCGUGUCAAUUGUGAAAGGACUAAAGGGGAAUAUUACCAUAAAUGAACUUAUGAUGUGUUGUAGCAUUUAUUAAUAUCUGCUACUU